ACUCAACUGAAAUUAAUUCAGUUGCACACCAAACCAUGGGAAUCCAUACCUAUGCAAGAACACCUCCUUUGCCAUUAUUACCACCUUCAUUAACCUUAACCAAAAACAGAACCCAAUUCCCAAUCCUUAAACCCACACUAUCCAAAAACCAAAUCAAAUCAACACACUUCAAUUUAGUUUCCGCCACUUUAAAUUCUCCCAAAGGAUUUGGACCAACUCCAAAGAAAGUAAGAAUUUCGAAGAAAUCGAAAAAAAAUUACGAAAGCGAAGACGAAGAGGAAGAGGAGGAAGAAGAUGACGACGAUCGAGAAGAAGACGUUAUUCCGGAGAUAGUAACGAAUCGAAUGAUGAGCAGAAUAGGGCUUUCUGUUGGGAUCCCACUUUUUGUAGGGCUGCUAUUCUUCCCAUUUUUCUACUACCUUAAAGUUGGUCUGAAAAUCGAUAUCCCAACGUGGGUGCCGUUUAUCGUGUCGUUUGUAUUCUUCGGGACCGCGCUUUUGGGGGUUAGUUACGGAAUUGUGUCCGCUAGUUGGGAUCCGUUAAGGGAAGGCUCACUGUUGGGUUGGAAUGAAGCUAAGAAGAAUUGGCCUGUUUUCUGGCAAUCUAUUUGGGGUGGAUCUAAUAAGAAGUAUUAGACUAUUGCAUUUCUUCUCUUAUGGUUUGUUCACAUUCCCUUUACCUUGAUUUUUAAUAUUUUUUUAAAUGUUGGUUUAUGUUAUAUGUGCCGGUUGUUUUUGCGUA